UCCGUCAUGACAGUCACAGGUUAGUGUGUAUGUGUCGGUAAUUUCCUGCACUGACAGCUGAGAAGCUGUGUUUUUUUAAAUUUACUUUUAAAGAAGACGAACUGACAGUUGGACUCGGAACGCAGGUGCACCCAAUUAAACGUUAAUUACUGUGGGAUAUCAGAUAUGCAGGAGUCCAGUGACAAUGAGUACAAUGAGUAUGACACAGAUGCCACACCUUCCUGGGCAGAAAACCAGCAUCAUAAUAAUGUGGAGGAGCUGGACAAUGUGGAGUCUCUCAGAAGGAAGAUCAAAUAUUACUUCAUGAACCCGUGUGAGAAAUAUCACGCUCGUGGACGAAAACCAUGGAAACUCUUACUGCAGAUUGUCAAAAUUGCUAUUAUUACCGUUCAGUUGAUGUCUUUUGGGCUCAGUAACCAGAUGGUUGUCACAUUCAAGGAGGAAAACCUCAUGACUUUCAGGCAUCUUUUCUUGAAGGAUUAUGAUCAUAGAGGCACGGAAACGUAUGCCAUCUACACACGGAAAGACGUUUAUGAUCACAUUGAUUACGUCAUUGAACAGUAUGAACUUCUACACAACAUCACAACAGGAAAUCAUGAAUAUGAGAAAAUUGGUGCUGCCUACACUCCACUGUCACUGUGUCAGGAGUAUUACAGGAACGGUACCAUCUACCCUGGAAAUGAGACUUUCGAAAUCGAUGCCCAAGUGCAAACUGAUUGCGUGGAAGUUUAUCCAAAGAAAAACCUGUCCCAGUGGGAAGUACUGCCCAAGAUAUAUUUUGAAUUGCAUUUUAAAAGGAUGCUCUCUGUCAGGAUCAAGUUUGUUCUCAAGGCCAUAAAUUUGCAAACAGUGAGACAUCGAGAGCUGCCCGACUGCUACGACUUCACUGUGAUUAUUACUUUCGAUAACCAAGUUCACAGCGGCAGGAUUACGGUUGACCUGGAAAAUGAUGUAGACAUCAAUGAAUGCAGAGACUGGAAAGUAACUGGAGCAGCUGCUAAAAGCAUUUUCCUAACGGUGCUGUUUGACUGCCUCAUCAUUAUAACAUGCGUCACCUCCCUCACCCUCUGCACACGCUCGGUGAUCACUGGGAUUCUGCUUCAGUCAGAGUACUCAAUCUACUGCAGAGACCACUGCAGUAAAAAAGUCCUGCUGUCAGACAAGUUGGAGUUUGUGAACGGUUGGUAUAUCCUCAUUAUUGCCAGUGACACACUGACCAUCGUCGGCUCCAUUCUGAAGAUGGAGAUCCAGACUAAGGUCCUCACGAGCUACGACGUAUGCAGCAUCUUCCUCGGCACGGGCACCAUGUUCGUCUGGAUUGGAGCGAUCCGCUACAUGGGCUACUUUAGAAAGUAUAAUAUUCUCAUCCUGACCCUCAGGGCAGCUUUCCCAAAUGUUAUCCGUUUCCUCUGCUGUGCUGGAAUCAUUUACCUGAGUUACUGUUUUUGCGGUUGGAUUGUCCUUGGCCCGUAUCACGAGAAGUUUCGGACCUUAAACACAGUGUCCGAGUGUCUGUUCUCCCUGAUCAACGGAGACGACAUGUUUCCCACCUUCAUGAAAAUGAAGCACAAGAGCAGCCUGGUCUGGGUUUUCAGCAGAGUCUACCUGUACACGUUUGUCUCACUAUUCAUCUACAUGAUCCUCAGCCUUUUCAUCACAAUCAUCACCGAUACCUACGACACCAUCAAGCAACAGCAGCAAAGUGAAACCCCAACAUCAGAGCUGCACAAAUUCCUGUCUUUAUGUAAAGACCUGCCAAACUCUGGUGUGUACAAACUCAACGAGACCAGGGGCUUCUUGGACUGCUGCCUCAACAGAUGCAGGAGGCAUCAGGACAGGCUGACCUCAGAGGCAUAGACGGGCCUCAAAAACGAAGAACACUGUAUAAAUGAAUUGUAUAAAGAAUAACCAAAUGAUUAAUGUGCACUUUGCUAUUGUAAACAAGGAUUGAAAAUAUCUUCUACUUUACCAACUUGUAUUGAUAAACUGUGAUUGUACCUGUAAAUAAUAAUGAAAUUUAAAUCUUCAAAAGCACUCUAAA